AUGGCCCUCAUCAGGCCCGUGCCAUCGUCCGACAACUUCAAAUGGCACUUUGAUCACGCCCUGGAGCGAUGGGAUCCCUCUUUCCGGCAAAUCAAUGCAUCAUCAUGGAUCAUCUUUGACAAGGCCAUUCUGACCCAGCUGCCCCUGAGGGACACUAAGGAGGAGCCCAACGACUACGUCGACCGCAACGAGGGCUUCAUCUGCCGCAUCCGUGAGCUCGGAGACGAUGAGGCCCGGCCGACCACAACGACUUCGAUACCUGACCAAGGUCCCGUGCGGCCCCGCCGUGCCAUCCAUCCCGGCCAGUACUUUGAGUACCUCAUCGGCAGUUCAGGAUCCCUCAAGUUCAUGCCGGCCAAGGCAGAUGCCAAGCACGUCAACCGCCAUGCUUGGGAGCACGAGAACAUCGAGUACGCAGCAAAGCAGGGACCCAAGCAUUUCCGCAUCCCUCGUGUCAUUUACCACACCGAGUUCGAGGGCAAAUACUCCAUCCUCACCGAGAGAGUCGGCACCUCGGUGUUCGACAGGCCCAUGCCGGUCAGGUUCCUGAAGAGGCUCUUGGGUCAGAUCACCAAGGCCGUGGGCGAGAUGGCACGGUGGGAGGCCCCCUUGGUCCAGGGUGUCAAGGGAAAGGAUAUCCAGUGGUGGAUAUUCGAGCAUGUCAUCGGCACCAUCUACUCCGAGGGGCAUCGGGCCUCUGAUCGCGUCCAGGAGUAUCUUGCUGGCAAGGGAUUCAACAUGUCGCCCUGUGGUUUCCUCAACGGCCAUAUCGGGCUGGGCGACGUUGGCCUGGACCAAGACUUCAACCUGGUCGGUUUCAACACCUGGAUGGAAUGCGCCUUCGUCCCCAAGGGAUACAUCGGGUCGUAUGUCCUGGACCGUAUGGAUUACGUCUCCCGACCUGGCGAUCCUGUAUGGGAACUGCCCUCACUUCUCAAGGCGGAGCGGCGUCAGGGCGCUGCAGGCCUGUUCUUGAACCUGAUUAGCCAAGGUCUCCCCAACGAGAUCGAGUGUUUUGAAAAGGUUAUAGACGAUGAAAAGGCCAUCAGGGCAACGCACAAGGAGCGUUGCGAGCGCAAGGUCCCCUGGAAGAAGGGUUUCAUGUUCCCAGAUCAGGACCCUGACUUUCGCCCCGAAAUCUUCCUCAAUUAA